ACCACAGAGCAACUCCUAAACUACCUGCUCUCCCCUGCCUCGACCGAACUCUGCCGCCCCGAUGACGAGUCCGCUCAAGUCGAGCCCCAAGGCGCAGACUACAAAACCUACUCUUCCUCCGCUUUGACCGCUUUCGAAGAGCUCGUCUGCGCAGUCAUCCUCAGCCGCCCCAUCAGCCACAAACUCGGUCUUCGCUCCAUCCGCACCAUACUCAAUGCACCGUACUCCUUCACCACCCCCGCGGCCAUCACCUCCGCCGGCAAAGAAAAAAGAUACCAAGCCCUCACCGACGCAAAAACCCAACACAAAGACAAGACGGCCGAGCAAAUCGGUCUGGUUGCCGAUGUAGUCGCCCACAAAUUCGCCAAAAACGAUACAGACACCUCUCUCGACAAGCUCCGCGAGCAAGCCUCACACGGCUGGGAUAUGGAGCGUGAUCUGCUGCAAGAGAACAUCAAGGGUGUAGGAAAGACAGGCUUGGAUAUCUUCUUCCGCCGCGUACAGUGGCUGUGGCCCGAGGCUUAUCCAUUCGUGGAUGAAAAGUCAUCGCGCGGAAUCGAGAAGCUGGGACUUCCUAAGCAUCCGGAUGAAUUGGCCAAGGUGCUGGAUAGAUAUUGGGCUAAACUCGACACUAGCCACUUGAAGAAGGGCGAUAAGGAGCAGCAGAAGAGAAGAGCGUUUGUGAUUAUUUGUGAGAGGGCUACGAGUGCUGAUUUGGAGGGCAAGUCUGAUGCCAUUCUCGAGGCUGCUGCU